AUCCGGCCGCGCCUCGUCGGCCUUCGCCGACAGUUGCCGGAAGGAGGCGAGAGGGGGAGCGGGCGUGGUGCCGCUGGGGCCAAGAUCAUGCCUGACUGGGAGAGGUUUCCUGGGCAGCAGAGGACGCUGGACUUGGGAUGAAAGAAGCAGGGCAGAUGCAAAAUCUGGAGAGCGCGGGUCCCGGGCGGUCAGUCGGCACCCAGACUGGCAGCAUGACUGGCCAGAUACCAAGGCUUUCUAAAGUCAACCUUUUCACUCUUCUCAGUCUCUGGAUGGAGCUCUUUCCAGCAGAAGCCCAAAGGCAAAAAUCUCAGAAAAAUGAAGAGGGGACGCAUGGACCCUUAGGAGAUAAUGAAGAGAUGAUCAGAGUAUCUACUGACAAAAAACAGGUGAAGAGAACUGGUCUUGUGGUGGUGAAAAACAUGAAAAUUGUUGGUCUCCAUUGUUCUAGUGAAGAUUUACAUGCUGGGCAAAUUGCUCUUAUUAAACAUGGGUCAAGACUGAAAAACUGCGAUCUUUAUUUUUCCAGAAAACCAUGUUCUGCUUGUUUGAAAAUGAUUGUAAAUGCUGGAGUUAACCGAAUUUCAUAUUGGCCUGCCGAUCCAGAAAUAAGUUUGCUUACUGAGGCUUCUAGUUCUGAAGAUGCAAAGUUAGAUGCCAAAGCAGUGGAAAGACUGAAGUCAAACAGCCGGGCCCAUGUGUGUGUCUUACUUCAACCUUUGGUGUGUUACAUGGUCCAGUUUGUAGAGGAGACUUCUUACAAAUGUGACUUUAUUCAAAAAAUUAUAAAAACAGUGCCGGAUGCUAACAUUGACUUUUAUUCUGAGUGUAAACAAGAAAGAAUAAAAGAAUAUGAAAUGUUAUUUUUGGUUUCAAAUGAAGAAAUGCAUAAGCAAAUACUGAUGACUAUAGGUUUGGAGAACCUGUGUGAGAAUCCAUACUUUAGCAAUCUAAGACAAAACAUGAAAGACCUUAUACUACUUUUGGCCACAGUAGCUUCCAGUGUGCCCAACUUUAAACAUUUUGGAUUUUAUUGUAGAAAUCCAGAACAGAUUAAUGAAAUUCACAAUCAAAGUUUACCACAAGAAAUUGCAAGGCACUGCAUGGUUCAGGCCAGGUUAUUGGCAUAUCGAACUGAGGAUCAUAAAACAGGAGUUGGAGCCGUGAUUUGGGCAGAAGGGAAAUCCAGAAGUUGUGAUGGAACAGGUGCAAUGUACUUCAUAGGAUGUGGUUAUAAUGCAUUUCCUGUUGGCUCUGAAUAUGCUGAUUUCCCACAUAUGGAUGACAAGCAGAAAGACAGAGAAAUAAGGAAAUUCAGGUACAUCAUACAUGCGGAGCAGAAUGCCUUGACAUUUAGGUGUCAAGAAAUAAAACCAGAAGAAAGAAGCAUGAUUUUUGUGACAAAGUGCCCAUGUGAUGAGUGUGUACCUUUAAUUAAAGGUGCAGGCAUAAAACAAAUCUAUGCAGGAGACGUAGAUGUUGGAAGAAAGAAGGCAGACAUCUCUUACAUGAGGUUUGGGGAACUUGAGGGUGUUAGCAAAUUUACCUGGCAGCUGAAUCCAUCUGGAGCUUAUGGUCUUGAACAACAUGAGCCUGGAAGGAGAGAAAAUGGUGUGUUGAGAGCCGUCCCUCUGAAUGAAGACCAGCACCGAAACAAGAAGCUGUGUCUUGGAGACCACUGAGGCCUGUCUACACUCAAGUGGAGGCCGCAAGAAUUUUUUUACUGCACUUCGAUGAUUCAGCCUUGUUAACUCAGAAAAUAAGGAUGGAUUUUGUGAAUAAGUGAAAAGUUUUUUUAAGGACGCUAAUCUACUUCUAGGAUACAAAUGAGGUGACUGAGAAUAUUUUAUUUUAGAUUUGUGUGUGGUUUCCAUAAUGUAGUAAUGUGUUCUUUUAUUACACUAAAUGAAGUAGCAAUAAUUAAAGAGACCAGUGUAAUCACCAGCAGGUAUUGAUUUCUAUUUAUCUUGACUUUAUAUUAUAUUAACCAACUUGAAAGGAGUUGGUUCCCUGGAGGUCGUGCCUCUGCAGGGAAUCACAUACCUUUUGAGAAAUGUUAACUCCUUUGGAUUACAGUUAAAAGGAUGACAAUUAAUAAACUGCUCCAGGAAAAUAAAUGUCAUUUUUUAGAAGUCAGUGUAUAGCUCAUCAGAAGGUCACAUUUAUACGCAAAGCUUUCUUGUAACCAGAAUGUACUUAAUGAGGAUUGGCUCAUAAAAAUAAAGUUGGUGUUGGUCUCCAUGUAAAA